AGAAGGGGAGGAGUUUGAAAGUUUCCCGGUGACUGACCAAUCACAGAGCUCCGUGAAAGUAACGUUUACUGCAGCAGCAGCAGCAGCAGGCUCCAACUGAGUGUGCCAACUCAGCUCCACUGAUCCUCCUGUUGAGGUUGAGCAGAUUGAGGCUGUGUGUUGAAGCCAGCCAGAAGAGGGAGGUCAUGGAAGCCCGGACAAGCCUCGAGAGACCAUGGAAGAAAGUGAACUGGCCACCAGGAAAGCCAGACUUGAACUGGAGGAGCUCCUCAGUGAGACAGGACAGACGUUUGAUCUCUUUCUGUGGAAGUUCUUCUCCACCUCGGAUCUUGUUGGAUACAAACCGAGAGACUUCACUCACCAGGAGAUUCAGAUAUCAUUUUCAUUCAGGGGGAAGGGGGGGUCUGUCCGCAUACGGACCGAGUCAAAAAAUGAUGGAGGGCUUGAAGAAGAUGUUGAACAACAUGGUGUCGCUUAAAGUCCGGGCGUAUGUGAAGGACUACUGCAAGAGGAACGGCUUGCUGACACUGUCGGUCAUUGCUGUAGUGACUGGCUGUGUGCUUGGAUUUCUCCUCAGGUCACUCAACCUUUCCACACAGGCUAAGAUCUACUUCUCCUUCCCUGGAGAACUGCUGAUGAGAAUGUUAAAGAUGUUGAUUCUACCUCUCAUCACCUCCAGUCUUAUGUCCGGCUUGUCAGCCAUGGACACCAAGGCAAGUGGCCGACUGGGGGUCCUGACCAUCACCUACUACCUGUGGACGACCUUCAUCGCUGUCAUCGUCGGCAUCGUCCUGGUGCUCAUCAUUCAUCCGGGGACGGGCUCAGAGAAAGAUGGCCACCACGCAAGCUCAGGGCCUGUAAUGACCUCCGCUGACGCUCUUCUGGACCUCAUCAGGAACAUGAUCCCCUCAAACCUGAUUGAAGCCACUUUCCAGCAGUAUCGCACAGACCUGGUUCCCAUUGUUCAGAACUCAGAUGUAAAAGAUUCUCAGGCCAACUAUGUGUACGUCAUGCCCGACUAUCACAACCCUCAACUGGGUCACCCAGUCUUCCUGGAGAUCACCCCGGCUCCUGACAUCAAGUAUAAAAUCGUCCCCAGCACCAGCAAGGGCAUGAACGUCCUUGGGAUUGUCAUCUUCUCGGCCACUAUGGGUCUGCUGCUGGGGAAGAUGGGAGAACGUGGAGCGCCACUGGUCAAUGUUUGCCAGUGCAUCAACGAGUGCGUCAUGAAGAUCAUUAAUGCUGCCAUGUGGUACUUUCCCUUUGGCAUUGUGUUCCUAGUGGCAGGAAAGAUCCUGGACAUGCAAGAUCCCGCCCACCUGGGUGAGAAGCUGGGCAUGUACUUCAUCACAGUCCUGUCUGGAUUGUUUGUGCACGGCCUCAUCCUGCUGCCUCUCUUCUACUUCUUCUUCACCCGCAAAAACCCCUUCCCCUAUAUCAGAGGGUUGCUGCAGGCUCUUGUUAUUGCUCUGGCCACGUCAUCCAGCUCAGCCACGUUGCCCAUCACCAUGAAGUGCCUGCUUGAGAACUGUGGUGUGGACCGGCAGAUUGCUCGUUUUGUACUGCCAGUGGGCGCCACAAUCAACAUGGACGGGACAGCCCUGUACGAGGCAGUGGCGGCCAUCUUUAUAGCACAGGUCAACGAGUAUGACUUGGACUUUGGUCAGCUCGUCACUAUCAGUAUAACAGCAACAGCUGCCAGCAUCGGUGCAGCUGGGAUACCUCAAGCGGGUCUUGUUACCAUGGUGAUUGUCCUGACUUCAGUGGGGUUACCACCUGCUGACAUCUCCCUGAUUGUCGCCAUCGACUGGGUUCUCGAUCGCUUCAGGACGAUGAUUAAUGUUCUCGGUGAUGCCUUGGCUGCUGGGAUUAUGGCUCAUUUAUGUAGGAAGGACUUUGAGAAAGCAGAACCCUCUUCUCCACCCACUGCCACUGCUGAUGAUGAUAAUGGAGGGGGCCCCCAACGGAGGGACACAGUAAUCUCCUUUGGUAAUCAGAGUGUGGCGUUUUCUGAUGCUCCUUUGAUCACACACCGCUGCGAUUACGUUUUCGAGGUGGACGGAGAGAGUGUGAUGGAGAGACCUCUGGCCUGCUACAACCUCUGUCAAGUCUGACACACUUAAACUAAAAAAUGGCCAGCAAAUGAUACUGCCUUCUAAAGCACAAGACUUGCCUCACUUGAGACUAUAAGGGACCAUCAUCUGAGGCUCUGAAAAAUCCGGUUUUGGUAAUAACCUGUUAGGUUUCAGCCCUACAUGAGACCAUGGAUGGAGUACAUUGUAGUGUCAGGAUUUAGCGGCUUGAAUGGAUUUUCACUGUGCCAUGCUGAAAACACAAACCUUCAUUACUUGAUGUAGUGUGUCUCUAUUUGACUGAGACUGAAGUUGGGGGGGGGGAUGCAUUGUGUCACAUGUACACACAAUGUUAAUAAGGGUACUCUGAAUGCAUCUGCAGACAUAUUGUCUUGCACCGACAUGCAUUACAUUAAUUAUUGUUCCAUUACUCAGUGUUGACGGUUACAUUUCUCAGAGUGGCUGUCCUGAUGAAGUAUGAUGGCAGGUAUAGACUUCAGUGUUUUGAGUUGCCUUACCAUGAUCUCAGUUAUUCUGGGAAGUUGAAAGACUUGAAAGUAAAACACAUUGAGAGGAUGCAUUUUUGUUUUUGUCGUACGUUAGGCUAUGUAUAGUUUAUAAAUAGACAGUGAAGCAACAUGAAUGGCAAUAUUUACAUUAUGCUAACCAGAUGUUCAAUUCUGUUUUUUUAUACCUAUGCUUUCAAUUUUGCGUUAAUGUUUUUUUUAAAUAAAAACCUGCUGCACUCAAA